AUGACGGGUUUCGCAGCAAUCCCUAUUGCGGAAGAAGGCGGGGAGGAAAAUGACAAUGUUCAUCUCUCUGGCGUAGCCAAGGUCCUUGGUCCACGAUGGCUUCAGCUUCCUGCCCUCACGAUUGGGCUUUUGGGAGUACAAGUAUUUUGGUCCAUUGAGAUGUCGUAUGGUACUCCAUAUCUCAUAUCUCUGGGUCUAUCAAAGUCUGCGGUUGCCACUGUAUUCCUGGCUGGUCCUGUAUCGGGGCUAGUAGUUCAGCCCCUCAUAGGUGUCCUCGCUGAUAAUUCCAAGUCACGAUUUGGCCGUCGCCGUCCGUAUAUGAUUGGGGGCACAUGUUUCUGUGUUGCCGCAAUGCUCCUGUUGGGAUACACACGUCCAUUCGCCUCCCUAUUCACUCCCUCUGGUUCAGUAGCUAAUAAUAUUUUGACGAUAUGGCUUGCUAUCAUCGCACUGUUCUCAGUCGAUUUCUCCAUUAAUGCAGUGCAAGCAGUUGACCGUGCCCUUCUAGUAGAUACAUUGCCAUCAUCAGAACAAGCGGACGGCAAUGCAUGGGCUGCACGAAUGCUUGGAGUAGGAAGUGUCGCGGGAUACUUCAUUGGCAAUGUCGAUUUGACCGCUGUAUUCUCUUUCUUGGGAGAAACCGAAUUGGAGGUAUUAUCUGUGUUGGGGUCAUUUCUCCUUGUUUCGAUGCAUGUGAUUACAGCAAUGUGCACAAAGGAGAGGAUGGUUGUUGCCACGAACGCUUGGCUAGGCUGGUUUCCAGUGUUGUUCUACACGACAGCUUUCAUCGGAGAACUGCACAAACGGGCACAUCCCGAUAUUCCCUCUGACGAGCCAGAGCUAAGUGCAGAAGCCACACGUUUGGGCUCUCGCGCUAUGUUCUUUAGUGCUGUACUAAGCCUGGCCGCCAAUGUAGUCCUUCCGUUUUUCGUCAGCGAGGCGGGCCAUAGUCAAAAGUUGCUUGAGCGCAAGCUGACAGGGACGAGCAGUAGAUGGGUAAUAUGGUAUGAACGUAUUAAGGUUAAUCUUGCCACACUAUGGGCGAUUUCUCAUCUUCUUUUUGCGGCGUGUAUGGCCGCUACCUUCUUGUAUUCGGGCGUGGCGGGUGCGACAUUCUUUACCACAUUAACUGGGUUCUCAUGGUCUAUAACACAAUGGGCCCCAUUUUCAUUGCUUGCCGAAGCUAUUUUGACGGAAGGCGUUGCCACUGAUGACACUGGCUCAAUCAUGCUGCAGGACACUCGCACGCAACACAGGUCCAUGGACUUGAUGCUUGGCGGCAGUGAACAGGAGCGACAACGCCUUGUAGUAAAUGAUGAUGAUGAAGCAGAUGGCACAUUAGAGGCUGAGGUACAAUCAUUUAGCUCUUCGGCCUCAAUGGACGGACAGGACGAGGACACACUGCAUGCACGACGACAUGAAUUCAUGACCAACGCAUCCGCACGGAUCAGUCAUCUUGCAUUAUCUGCGGACAACGCCAUCCUUCCUGAGGGUAAUGAAUUGGAAGACAAGCACAGGGGUGGACUCGCCGCGAAAGCUGGCAUCAUCCUUGGUAUUCAUAACAUCUUUAUCGUAAUGCCACAGUUCGUUAUGACCGGCAUCGCAUCCAUUAUCUUUGCAGUCGCAGACUCCAAGAUGGCUUUCCCGGGCAACAUGGAAGCCGGUAAUUCAACUCUAUCAGACGACGCCCUUGAUCUGGCAAAAAGCGAUCGUUCAGCAAUGCACCUGAGUCGCGAACUGACGUUCAUCAGUUCUCCUAAUUCGUACGCUAUCAUCUUCAGAUUGGGUGGAAUUGCUGCAACUAUCGCAUUUGUCUUGACUAUUCGGCUUGCGCGCGAGCUGCGGCGGCGUCUUUUAUAG